AUCAACAUCUAGGGGAUUUCUAGAUUUUUCACUUCUUCUCCACACGGCCCUAUCAAAGGCCAUUUCGUUAGUCAGCUUAAGUAGAUUCAUAUCUCUAUUUACAAUGCUAACCAACGUUAAUUUAGGCCUAACCCGUCUCCUAACACUUCCAUCUACCAUUACGGCAUCGCAUUUCUUCACUACUGCCUCUGUUGGUCUCCGUUAAAUAUGAAAGCCUUAUGAAAGGCUGCCUGUGGACUUUCUUCCACUCCCUUUGAGGGGACAGGCCAUCAUAGGCAUGUCCCGAACAAUUCUUAUUUGUUUUGAGAAGGCUGUCUAUCAUCGACUUGACUUAAGCCCUAGGCAGUUUGGUUUGGAGGAGGAUUUUCAGUGUACUUUGAUGGACCCUCUUGUGGAAAUAAGAACCAUAUCUCGGGGUGGGCCAAAGGUCAACCAAGAUUGGUCAAAAUUUGGUGAUUAUCAUCGGUUUAAUCAAGAGUGGGAAAGAAGACACAUUUUAUUAAUCAACUAUCAAGUUGAUGGGCCCAAUCCUUCCACUUCUGAAAUCCCCCAACAAACUUGCCUUUCACAACAUGCACCGCCUCCUACAUUUGUAUAUAAUGAAGGGCCCAAUCCUUCCACUUCUGAAGUCCCCCAGCAAACCAGCCCUUCAGAACAUCCGCCGCCUUCUAAAUUUGUAUAUAAUGAAGGUGCAUUUGCUGGGGAAGGUGGUCUGGAUGAUGUAGCUACUGGGUCCACAACUCCCAAUUCAACAGCUGCCACUGUUGGGGACACUCAGCACAACUCACCACCACCGCCGACCCCCAAUCCAACAGGUGCAUUUGUUGGGGAAGGUGGUCUGGAUAAUUUAGUUAAGAACCUCAGAUGGUUGCCCACUUUUGUCUCGAGGAGUCCGAAUUUUUUAGUUAAUCAGUCUGGGAAAAGGAGGGGUGCAAGAAAUAGGAGAGUCCCUGCUAGACUGGGCAGUACAGAUUAUAUAAGGAUUUCGAGCUUGGUGCAGGAUGUCCAAACAACUCCCAGUCCAGCAGGCCCUUCGUCAUUAUUAGUCCAUGAGGGUACAACUCCUCGGAGGCUUGAAGGCCCCUCGUGUGACGUACAACUCCUCUGAGGCUUGAAGAGAGCCGCAUACGGACAAUCGCCUCUCUCUUGAAGCCUCGUCCCAGUCCUAAACUUGUUUUUCAUGUUAGUAGAUCAGGGAAAAGGAGGAGUGUUCGAAUUAGGAGAGCCCCUGCUAGAUUUAGUAUUAGUUUGAGGAGGAGGAGGAAUUGAUGAUUAGAGAUUUUAGCACUCUGACCAAUUGACCAUUUUGUGGUUGUUGUUUUUCUUAUCUACUUGAACAUUUCCAAAUUUCAUUACUUUAAAUUUUUUUCUUGUUUUGUUGGGGUUCUUAUUUGUUUGAAUUUUUUUUUU